GCUGCUGGGGUGUGAGGCGAGGGCCUGGUGGCUGUGGGGAGACCUGGCCUAAUCGGCGUGCCAGGGGUCGUGCCCGUGUGGUGGGCUGAGGGGCGGGCUGUGGCACAGGGCUGUGUGAACACGCCGGCCCUUGUGCCUGGUUUUCCCUUCCCAGGUCUGCUGUGGGGAACGUGAAGCCUCUAUUGUGGCAGAGGAAGGCACCCAGAUGGCCACAAAGCUCAGUGUCUCGGUGUAUCCCGUGAGGGGAGUUGUCACCUCCUUUCUCUAAAAGCAAUGAUUGAGGCCAGUGGUUGGAGCUUAAAGGACAGCCAGAUGUUUCGUAUCAAAAAAACAUGGAGCUAGGAAAGGCAAAGCUGCUGAGAACAGGCCUUAAUGCCUUACACCAAGCAAUUCACCCUGUGCAUGGGAUUGCCUGGACUGAUGGGAAACAGGUCAUAUUAACUUCCUUACAUCUUCAUAACGGAGAGCCAAAAUUUGGUGACUCGAGCGUUGUUGGUCAGUUUGAACACGUCCAUGGACUCUACUGGGGCCCAGGUCCCCCUGAUGCCCCAGCACUGCUCGCUGUUCAACACAAAAAGCAUAUCACUGUCUGGCAGCUCUGCUUUAACGCUGCAGACAGAAAUAAGCUCUUGGUUUCUCAGAUCUGUGACAUCAGUGAGCCGUUUCCAGUGCUCCCCCAAGGCUGCGUGUGGCAUCCAAAGAAGGAGAUCUUGGCUGUGCUGACGACGCGGGAUGCCUCGGUCUUGCACUCUGUUCAUCUCAACAACUGUAGAAUUAAAGCCGAUAUUAAAGGCAGCGGUCUCAUCCAUUGUGCUUGUUGGACUAAGGAAGGCAAUCGCUUAGUGGUCGGCGUAGGCAGUGCCCUUCAUUCUUAUAUUUGGGAUGACACUGAGAAGACUCUCAGUGCUUGUACUUUUUGCCCAAUCUUUGACGUGGGAGGCUACAUCUGUGCUGUAGAAGCUACUUGGAAUUUUCAAAUUGCUGUCGCUACUGAGCUUCCUCUAGACAAGAUCUGUGGCUUAAAUGCUGGUGUGGCUUUUGAAGUUCCAGCGAGCAUUGAAACAGAAUCCUUUCCCUCGCAGUCCAGCUUAUGUGGUGAGGAAGAAUAUUCCAUGGAUGGGGGGAAGAAGGUGCUGGAUGCUGAGAAGCCCAUGUCUGCAGUUACAUCUCCCGUGGAUCUGACCCACAUACUCUCUAGCAAGCCGGGUGCUGAUUCCAGUCCUCUGCUUCAUCUGAGGCCCAAGGACUAUCUAACGGGAAGCGGCCAAGAUUCUUCACAUCUCAUUUUGGUGACUUUUGAAAAAAAGGUGACUUCUACCAAAAAAGUUAGCAUCCCGGGCAUUCUGGUUCCUGAUAUAAUGGCUUUUGACCUCAAAACUCAAACCGUAUCGGUCGCCUCCAAUACCUGUAACAUUAUUUUAGUCUAUUCGCUGACUUCGUCCAAUUUACCAAAUAUCCAACAAAUUCAGCUAGAGAAAAAUGAAAAACCGAAGGGUUUGUGCUUCUUGACCAAUAAAUUGUUACUGGUACUGGUUGGGAAACAGAAAUUCACUGAUCCUGCUUUUCUUCCGUCUUCAAGAUCAGACAAAUAUAUGAUCAGGUUGAUGAUAAAGGAGCUGAUAUUUGAAGUGGCUCCUUCAACAUCUGCAUCGGUUAAUGGGAGCUGUGCGUCAGUCAGUGGGAGUUUGAAUCUUUCAGACAUACCUCACGAUGUCCCUACAGAUGUUCACCCUCUUAGUCGUGGACUCUUGAUACCAGAUCGCGCUGCCAUCCAGUCCCCUACCAGCAGAAGAAAACUUAUUGAAGAAAUUAAGAGUCCUGGUUACGAACAGAGCUGCUUGUUGAACAUGAGUGACCUCAAAGAAAAAAAAGUUUCCUUGAAUUUUCCUCCAGCCGUUGAGUCUCUCAAUGCUGAACUGCUUAAUCAGUCUGCAUCACUGUCCACCACAUCACUGGCAUUUUCUAACAAGCCAACGUCUCCAAAAAGACAGAUAGAGACAGCUUCCAAAAUACCAAAUUCUUACAAGAAUAACCUAUUAAGUGAAAAGGAAGCAAGUUACUUUUCAAAAAAUGUAGAAAAACUGUCUGGUAACUUUACUCAAUUGCAGCAGCAUGUCUGUGAAUUAACUGAUCUGCUAAAAUCGGGGAAGAGAAAUCUUUCAAUGUACCCAUCUUCUCAGGAACCCCCUUUUAUUAACAUCACCUAUCAGAAGCAGCUUUCCAGAAACGAUUCAGAUGAAAGGCGGUCUGUUAUUCUUUGUGAGGGUAAACUUCGUCUAAGUGUAGUCCAGCAGAUCUUCAACCUCUCUCUUGUAGAGAUGCAGCACGGUUCAUCUUGGAUCGUUCUCACAGCAGACAGUGACGGCUUCGUCCCGCUGACGUUUACAUCCAUGCAGGAGGUGGUUGUAAGAGAUGCCAGUAUGAAAGGCUACAGUGCCCGAUCCUCCAAAACUUUAGACAUCAUCAGUUCCACAGAAGGGUGCAGACAUGCUGCUUCUGAAAGCCUGGAUAUCACCAGCUCUUUGGAAGUCCUCCGAGACUGCUCCUCCAAGGCUUUGGAUGGCAGCAGUCCUUCCGAGCAGCCCAGCAGUAAAAUGUAACUUUGGACAGUGAUUUCGUAGUGCCUGUCUUACCAUAGGAGACUUUUGAACUUACGGUUUAGGACUGCAAAUUCUAAUGAAGGUCUGUCUCAAAUCUCUUCUGGAUUUCUAUCAUCUUUGUUCACCGUCGCUGUAAGUUAUUUAUUUGAUCCUUGGAAACCUUAGCCUUUUUAUUUUAUUCUGAGAUGUGUUUUUUAAUAUGCCUCUUGCAACGUAUACCAGGUAUUUGUAUCAGUGAUUGAAGAUAGGAGGUCUUACAAGCAGCAGAGCUGAAGCUGUGAUUCUACUCUUUAAUGUAUUGGUGUUUUUAGAUAAUAGUAAACUUGCUUAAUAAAGACAUCUGUGAAAACACA